CUUCGGGUCGUCGCUCGUCUGCCUCGAUGCUUCAUCGUCUCCUGACUCUUCCGUCUCAGAUGCUGGAGGACGAGGACGAGGACGCUGCCGCCAACGAAACGCUGGCCGCUCUGGCGACCGACGACCGCAGAGACGGCAUCGAGCCGCCCGGCCGCACCUGCCCGUUGCCCCUGACGACCAGGGAGGACGAAGAAGAGGAGGAGGAAGAAGAGGAAGAAGGGGAGGACAAAGGGAGGAAGAAGAAGAGACGGAGGGUGUGGUCGGAGUGCGAGGAGUGCGGUCGGAGGUUCAGUCGGAUGUCUCUCCUCAAGGCUCAUCGUCAGACUCACAUCGCCGACUCGGCGUCCCCGUUGACUCCGCCGGGCGGUGCCGCCACAGUUCUACGCUGCUCGGAGUGUGGGAAGAGGUUCUCCUCUGCGACCCGCCUCCACAGCCACAUCCGGACCCAGCACUGAACCCGGUCCGCAACCCGAACAGGAUCAACCACACAAGCUGAACAAAAACCAGACCGGGUUCAAACCCGAGACCAGAAACCACAAAAGGGAUCCGAGUCCAGGCCCUGAAACUGGACUUACUGAUCCACUCAAACAAAAACCUGAAGAAACCAAACAGACGAGACCAGCGGGGGGGUAGACCGGCUGUGGACAUGCUUUUACUCUGAAAUACAACAGGAAGUUGACUGCAACUAAAUAUUACUUUCAUAAUCAAUGAAUUUAUAUAAUCUAUAAAAUGUCCAACAAGACGUCUUCAGAUGUUUAUUAAGAUAUAAUUAAGCCCCGCCCCCUUUUGCUCUGUGGUCCAAUCACAGUUGAGCAAUCCUUGGUCAACUUCCUCCUUCCUGUACUUAGAUAUGCUAAGCUACGCUAAUCUCUGUUGGAAAGUGAACCACGAUAUGAAGAUGAUUAAAGAGUUAACUAACUAGAUAACUAGUUAGUUAACUUAAGAUUUGACUUUAUAUUUGUGUCUUUUAUCUUUUAACAAUCUUUAAAAUGUGGUUGUAUUUUCUACAUUGAUUAGCUUAGCAUGUAACAUAUCACGACUCAUAACUAUGAAACAACCUGAUUCAUUAAUACGAUUUAUUAUUAUUAUUAUUAUUAUUAUUAUUAUUAUUACUAUUAUUAUUAUUUCAUUUUAUAGAAACAUCAGAAAGAGAAAAUAAGAACUUUCUUUAAUUUGUUGCUAAAAACGAUUAAACGCAGAAAGAGUCUAUAGCGUUGGUCUAUCCCUCGUCAGAACCAAUCAGUGGCUCACUAUCGACCAGGACCAGAUCGGGUCUGACUGCCGGUUCUGAACACCAGUUUCCUCCGGUUCUGAGCGGCCAGGUCCGCGGCGGGAGACAAUUAUGGAUGUUUUUGACCUGAAUUUCCAUUAUUUAGUCGAGAAUAUUUAAUAAACGCAUCAAAUUUUUAGUUUUCAGGGACUUAAAACUCAUGAAACAAAUGUUUCAACUAAAUGGAUUUAAAAAAGGGAUUCGGAGGUCCAGAUGACCUGUCUGAGAUCUGGAUCUAAAGACUUCAAUCCGAGUCUGACGGCGGGAAUAAAAUCGAUCAUACGAAGCGACGAAGGGAAAAACCUCCUCCUCCUGCUGUACGUCCUCUUCUUCUGCUCCUGUAAUAUAUGUAAGAACCUCCAGGUGAACAGGAAGUGAGCUCCAGCUGCUGCAGGUGAGUUUCUGUCCCUGCAGGUGAAUCUGUUGUUUCGCAAUAAGCUCGUCGCCUCAGCAGCGGGACGGUCGGAGCUCCGGCUUCCUGUUUCCUGGUGUUUUCCUUGUACAGCGUGGACGGUCACACUGAACAUAAGUGACCUUUUUUCUACCGGUUUGUUUUUUAUUGUUUUUCUCCACAAACAGACUCAGUUUGUUUUUAAUUAAAAGUGUUUUUUUUGGUGCAUUUUUUUUGGGGUGAUCUUCUGUGUCGCUCACUCGUAAACCGGAAAAACCAACAAGAGGAAGAUAAAAUUCAUCAGUGGCAUCGAUUGUUUGAACUCUUUGAAUGUGAAAUUUGAUCCUUUUUUUUUUUACGUUUGUUGUACAAUUUUGACUUUUCGGGCAGAACUGAUGAUGACGAAACGAGAGAGAAAAGAGAGGUUUUUAAAUCCUGAUUCCUUAUUUCUUUACUUACACUUGCUUCCUUCCUUCCUUCCUUCAUCCCUCCCUCAUUCUUCGGUUCAGUAACCUCAUGUCGACACACAGAUACCUCCUGACGAACAAACGAGACCACGCGGUUUGAGCUGGAAGUGAUUUUAUGUUUUUAAAUGUUUUCUUUAGCUGAACGAUUUCUUUUCUUUACGUCAGUUAGUCUGAGCUGUAUGGAAGCCCAUUACUGCCAGGGAAAGAAAAUAUAAAAAUACAUUUUAAGACAAAAAAUAAUGAAGUUGAUAUGGACAUAUUAAUAACAAUAUUAAUAACAUUUUUUGAAAUAGUAAUAUGAGAAUUAUAUAAUACCUGGUGGACAUUUUGACUUAGUAUUUAAUUAUUGUCCCGUAAGUAUUUUUAUUGUUCUGCCAGUAAAAGAAAUGACGGAUGAAAUGUGAAGUAAAACAAAUUGCAACACAAAAAUAAAAUGUUUGAUUUUAUUCUGAAGGUAAAAAAAUAGCUUUUAUUUUGUUAGAAUUAUAAGAUACAGAUUUAGUGAUUACGGGAUAUUUGGAAUAAAAACGUAAAAUUUGUAUUAAUUUAAUUGAAUUACAGGACAAAUAACACUAAUUUUAACCUAUUUCAUAAAUUUCAUUCAUAUUUUAAUUUUUUUUUAUCAUUCCUAACUGCAUGUGGCAGGAAUGAGCUUCCAUAUACUAACCAGAUAUGAGAUUAUUUAAGGAACAAGGGAAAAAUGUAGGUUCCUGAACGCCUCACGCAGGAUCAAUUACAAGCUCGAACAAACAGGAAGUUUAAUCAAAAGUCAAAUCCAAAAGGUGACUUGUAUGUAUGGAGGCCUAAUCCUGCCAAAAUACAUUUAAAAUCUGUAAUGAUAAACAUACAAACUCUCAUAUUAAGGGACAUAAAAUUAGUCAUAACUUCCUCACAUAAUUACAAAAUACAUUUUAUUUUUACAAUAUAUUAAAUCAAGUUAGAAACGUACUAAAGGCUGCUUCUGGUGACAGUCGAGGUUACAUUUUUACUCUGUAUAAUAUUUUUAUCCAUUCAAUUUAUUUAAUGGAAUAAAGUUCAGUGUCAGUGGUCCACAGUGAGAAUUCUCUUUAACUCGCUUAAUUUAAGAGUUUAUCUCUCGACUCCAACCAGAUUGUUCACUUUAAGUGUAUUUUUUUAUUUUAAUCAUUCCUACCUUUUCAUCUGUUUGUAAUAAGAGCCUCAGUGGUACUCUGUACUCACCGGCUUUAUCUUCUGUAGCAUUCGUAUAUCAGGAUGAGACGGAGGGAUGGACGGACCCGAAGGAUCAGAUAAAAAUAUAUCGGUGACGUAUCCUGAUGAACUUUGAUGUAUCGAUGUUGUUUUUCUGCUCCGCGAUGCUUCAGCGCGAACAAUCAGCCGUUUCCAUCAUUUUUACGCUUUGUAAAUGUGCGAUUUCUCUUUUUUUUUCCUUUUUUUUUAUUUGAACAAAAGAUUUUAAGCAAAUAUGAAGCCAAAAACUCUGGCUGAGCAGCCGGAGUUUGAUUCAAAUGUAGAAUUGUAAAAAAAAAAAAAAAAGAUGUAACAAAAACAGGAAGUAAAAUCUUGAUUUGAUGGAUAAUGAAUCUAUGGAAGCCCAUUUCUGCCAAAGUGAUUUAAAAACAAAAAACAAAAACAAAAAAAGGAUUCUGUAAAGUUUCUCAUUAUAAUAUUUACAGACCCGCCCCCCCGUCAGUCUGGCAGAAAUGGGUAUAGUGUCCUCGGGGUAAAAUCUACUUUAAUUUGAUAAUAUUGACGAUUAACUUGCUGUUUAAUUUCCUGUCUUUGCCUCUGAAUGCUGCUUUAAGAACUCGAGCUUGUUGUCUGCUAACAUCUGAAUUACUCAACCACUUUUCUGCGAACGCUUCGUUUAUUCGUUGCACUUUCAGCCUCCAUAUGUGUUCACAUACCUCAUUUAAAACAUUUCAAGUGUUUUAUUUUGUUCCUGUUUCCACACAGACCUCAUUACCUCAGUUAGACGUUCAGCGUUGAUAUUUGACUACAUUUAUGUGUAUUUUUGUAUUUGUUUCAUUUUGGAUGCGUCUCAGUGUUUUUUUUUUUUUUAUAUAUAAACGCUGUCGGGUUAAAAUAACACAGAACUGCAAACGCACAAACAAACUUCUCAGGUUUAAAGAUGGAUUCCUUUAAGAUUAUAUAUUUUGUAAAUAAAAAAUAUCGUCUUAAAUAACAAUUUUUCACAUGAGUAUGGAAGCCCAGACAUGCCAAGACAAGGAAAACUGACAAAAAAAUUAGGAACAAUAAAAAAACUCUUUGGACUUUUGGGAUGUUUGGUCAGUCCAUUAUGCCUUGAAAUAUGGAAGCUCAGACAUGCCCAGACAAGGAAAACUGAUGGAAAAAGUUAGGAAUAAAGUAAAAGUGCUCACGUUAGAAAAUAAUGUGGAAGUUUGAGCCAAACUUUAACAGGAAGCAAUAAUUAAGAUACAAACUCAAAUUUUGUCUUACAAUCUUAUAUUUUUAACUUUCACUUUUCAUGAGUAAUCUUACUCUUUUGGGCUUCCAUACUGAACUGUAAACAGCUGGCUGAUGAUAGAAUGCUAAUGGCUAACAUUAGCUGAAAGGUGAAUAUGGGUUUUGUCCUGACAGCAGUUAACUACUCGAUGCUCCUCCUGCUCUUCUUUACCAAGUCAUAAAGGAAAGAAACGUUUCUGGUCGACGAAAAAACAUCAAAAAGGGAAAAUUAUGACGAGAAAUUUGUUCUUGAGACUAAAAUCAAACCAAACACUUUCAAAAUUCUGUCAGAAACACUCGGUUCUUAAAGAUUAACUAAAUGUUGUUUCUAAUUUAUAAAAAAUUAAUACCAAUAUAAAUUUAUUUAACCAUUGUAUACGGAAGCCACAAGAGGACAUCAUAUAGGAUGAUUUUUGAUAUAUUAUCAGUUCUUUGUGUCGUCAACAUAAAAAUAGGUUUUCUCGUAAUUAAAACUUCUUAUAAUUACUCGACGAUCUCGUGGUUGCCAAGAGCUUCUAGAUGUAAGAUUUCUGAUCUGUUGAUUCUGAUAUAUUUAAUAUAAUUACGAGAGAAAAUCUCAUAAUUAAACAUUUUUAUUGUAAUUAUGAGAUUUUUCUGAGAUUGUUUCUUGUCAUUUAAGAAAUAUUAAAUUAUGUGAUAUGAAUACAUUUUCUCAUAACUGACAAUAAUAAUUUUAAUAUGUUUAAUACAUUUGAUCUCAUAUGAGAAAAGACAUUUUCUCUUCACAAAUAUUUUCUCAUAUUUUUUAAAACUUAACAUAAUUAUGUGAUCUAAAGUGACGCUAAAGACAUAAUGAGAAAUUAUUUUUGUAAAAGCAAUAUUGUAAUUACACGAUCGUAAGGAAGCCUGGAGAAGACGUGUUUUCUCGUAAUUAACACCUAAUAUCUAAUAAUCAGUAGAAGAUCUCAUAAUUACAACUUUAUCUCAGAAUUAUUAGUUUUUUUCUUGUCAUUUAAGAGAUAUAAAGUCAUAAUUAUAGAAUACGGAUAUAAAAAAUUUUUUUAAUGUGAUAUAUUAAGUUUUAAUUAUGUGAUUCAGAUCUUGUGAUUAUGAGAAUUUGUAUUUAAACGCUAAAAUCAUGAGAUUAAUUAUUUUUAUUAUUAUUAUAAAGUAAUAAUAAUAAUAAUAUUUCCCACCAGAUACAUUUCUGUCCUAACGUUGUUAUUGAAGGACGAGGUUCGAGGCGUCGGUUCCUAACGCAGCAGACAAGAUUUUAUUGGAGCACUGAGACGCAUUCAUGUGUACAUAUCAGAGAAAACAUCUUGACUCCUGUUGUUAUUUUAUUGUUUGUUUGGUGGUUUUCUGAAAAGUGGUUGUGUUUUUCCCAUGUGGAGAGAAGAGACUGUUAUUUCAGUUCAGCCCGGUUGUUGAACCGAAGGAGUGAAAAGAGCGAAAGAAAGGGAACGAACUCUGCAGUCGAAGCUAAAAGGUUUUGGCGUUAAAAGUUUCGCUCUGAGCCCAGAAGGAGAUUGACCUGUGACGAGAACGACCCUGAAGGGUUCCUCUGGGAAACCCUUCAGGGUCGGUUUGUAUGAGUAAAGCUGGAGUUUGUGAAGCUCCAGGCGGGGUUCCUCAGGGAACGACCCGAGGGCCUCGUAUUGUUGGGCCUGAGGGGAUGAAAGGGAUGUUUCAUUGUCUGUAAGCAGAAUGUAUGUUUGUAAGGACGCAGGGAAACUAAAAGUGCAUCCUGGACAGUUUUUAUUUGGUUUUAAAUCUGUUUCCACUUCCUGUUUUGAGCUCAACGGACGGACUCGCUCUUGUUUUUGUCAAAGAAAGUUCGUCUCAGUGUUUGGAUUUGAUGCAAUACUUUUGAUAACAAUGUGCCCUUUUUUUGUAAUUCAGCAAUCUAAUUAAAACCAAAUCUAAAAGAGUUUCCUGUUUUAAUAAUGACAGUUUUAAAGAAGCGACGCCGAGAGUCGGGACCUUCUCGCCGUCGGUCAGAAUCGAUUUGUGACCAACGUCCGUUCUGAGUGAAUUAUUGCCAACAUCUGAAGCAGUGAGUAGAUUCACUGUGUGGCUGUUUCGUGCCCCGUGUUGAUCACAGCAGCACCGUCUGAAUGUCGUUUACAGUGACAGCUGUCUGCCAUGAUGAUACGAUAUGUGCUGAUGAAGGCGAUGGUGAUGGUGUUUCUUUUUGUUUUUUAUUACCUGUUUUAGUCUUUGAGACCGGGUACUUUUUAGUGUUAAAAUUAAAACAAAACCAAUAAAUGUUCACAACUA